AUGGGGAAAGAGUCUAGAAACAAGCAUGUCAUGGUUCACAAAUGCCUAGUCAAUAGGCAAAUAGAUGAGUGCUACCCUCUUGGCCUAGAUGAUGAAGAUGAUGAUGGUGUGGGGUUGGAGCAACUAUGUUUAGUGGCAAGCAAAAAAACAAGAAAAGGAAGGUUGGAACGAAAAGAUCACUUCCUUUUUCUUGUCAAUUCUAAUUUGAACUUCGAGUGA